AUGGCAUCCUUGUGGAACAGUGCUUUGCAGAGGAAAGCAGGAGAGCUUCACAUGGACGCAUGGACCAUUGAAAUUGAUGAGACCAUUGAAGAAAACAGAGCAGCUCCAUCUUGGCAUCAGUACAUCUCUGGUUCUUUCGCACAGUUCAAGUGUUCCCUGUGUAGACGAGGCUGGGGGUCUUCAAAAGUGAAGGUGGUGUUUCAUUUCAGCCUGAACACAGCAUGGAGACGAGGAACCAUUAAACUACGAGGCUUCAAACAGGAGUGCAAGACGUGCUCGGCCCCGCAGUGGGAGCGUCCACAGUUCCCAGUGGAAAACAUGGAUGUGCUGAUUGAGAAACUAGUUAAAAAGAUCCGCAUGAGAUGCUACAGGGAAAACCUGGGAGAGGCAAACAGACCCCCAGUGUUCAAUGGCAGGAUCGAUGGGCCACACGAAACAGCUCACUGUGAAGCCUGUCGACUCGGCAGCUGCAGUCAGGCUAAUCAACAGUGAAUGACCCGAUGAAGUUAAUGAAUUUCUACUGAAAUUAUCGGUAACACUUUAAAGUAA